AAAGCCUCGCCACCGAAAUGGCGAAACCUGGAGGCUCCUUCGCUUCUCAGAAGAUCCAGUUGCUCUGCAGUGCCAAGGACGAGCUCCAAAGCCUUGAGGGCACCGUCCAGACCAUCCAAGCUGUGCUUUUGGAUGCUGAGAAACAGCAAUGGCACAACAACGAGCUCAAGCUCCGGCUCAAGAGGCUCAACGACGUGCUGUGCGAGUUACAGGACUUGCUCGACGAUGUCGCAACUGAAGAUCUGAGGUGGAAGGUCACUUCCGGCAACAAGAUGUCAAAAGCCGUAUGCGUUUUCUUCUCUAAAUCAAAUCAGCUUGCAUACCGUUUUAAAGUGGCUAAUAAGAUUCAAGAACUUAGGAAGAAACUGGAUCAGAUUAAAAAUGAUCAGGAGUUAAACUUAGAGCGGCAUCUGAGCGAGGAAACUCUUUCUAUCGUGAGGAGGACAACUCACUCUUUUGCGUGCGAGGAAGAAAUCAUUGGUAGAGAAGAGGAUAAGAAGGAGAUCAUCGCACAUUUGCUUCAUUCCUCCUCCAGAGAGAGUGUGUCGGUUGUUUCCAUCGUCAGUAUAGGAGGACUGGGAAAAACCACGCUUGCUGAUCUGGUACACAACGAUGAAAACGUGAAAGAAUGUUUCAAGCUUAAGAUGCGGGUGUGUCAUGGGGAUCCUAAAAUCUUUGAUGUGGAUUUGAUCAUCAAAGAAAUACUGAAAUCUGCCAAAUAUCAAUGUCAAGAGGAUCCUGAGAUGAAUAGAAAUCUGGAAGGCAUUGAGAAUAUAUCUAAGGACCAGUUGCGGAGGCUCCUUCGUAAGGUAUUAGACAGGAAGAAAUACUUGCUUGUUUUGGAUGACCUGUGGAAUGAUGAUCGCCAGAGAUGGUUGGAACUCCGACCUUUGCUAAUGGGCGGUUCAAGGGGAAGCAAGAUACUCAUAACCACGCGCAAUCAGUCGGUUGUGCAAGCUACGGAUGCGAAUUCAGUUAUCCAUGAUCUACAUGGCUUAUAUGAAGAUAAGUCAUGGGAAUUAUUCAAGAAAUUGGCUUUUGGAGAUGGGGAAGAAUCAUUAGACUCGAAAUUGGAGGAGAUAGGUCGAGAUAUAGUUAAAAAAUGCGCUGGUGUUCCCCUUGCCAUCAAAACAAUGGGUAGCCUUCUAUACGCCAAAAAUGAAAAAGAGUGGCUCAAAUUCAAAGAGCAUGAACUUUCAAAAAUAGAUAAGUCGGAACACGAAAUUAUGGAAGUCCUCAAGCUUAGUUACGAUCAUCUUCCGUUGCAUUUAAAACAUGGUUUUGCAUAUUGCGCGUUGUUUCCAAAAGAUUAUGUUUUUGAUAAACAGACAAUGAUACAACUCUGGAUGGCACAAGGCUUCAUUGAGUCAUUGGAGGGGAACGAGGACCUAGAAGAGACUGGGGAUAGUUAUGUCUCGGAUCUACUGGAUAGGUCCUUCCUCGAAUUUGAAACGGUCGAUGAUUACACUGGUGAGGUGAAAAUGUUCAAGAUGCAUGAUCCCAUUCACGAUCUUGCCUUGAGAGUUGCAGGAGAUGAGUGCAAGAUGGUUAAUCUCAAUGAAGGUGGCAUCUGUGAAGGAAUUCGACAUGCAUCAUUUGUUUCACAAUCAUCCUCACCACAAGAUGUGACCUCUAUUCUUGAACCGAACAAUCUACGAACAUUUCUAGCUUUGAAAGAGAGCAAAACAUUUGUACAGAAUGGGAUUCUCUCCAAGUUUAGGCAUUGUCGAGUGUUGGUCUUGGGCUAUGCGCAUUUUGGUAUCCCUACUUCCUUGGGAAGUCGGUCAAAGCACUUAAGAUUUCUUGAUAUUUCUGAAAACCAAUCUAUGGAGAGUAUGCCAAAUUCAAUCAUAGAUUUGGUGAACUUACAUACCCUUAAACUCUCCAAUUGCAAGAAUCUGAAAACACUUCCGAGAGAUUUGAAGAAAUUGGUCAACCUGAGACACCUCUUAAUUAAUGGAUGUGACUCACUAAGCCACCUACCAUCCCUAAGUGAAUUCCCUUCCCUAAGGACGUUGAAUCUCAUGGGCUUGGAUGCGUUGGAGUUCCUUCAAGAAAUAAGUUACCCAGAGCAUUCGAAUACUAGGCGGCCCCUUCUUCCCAUCUCUGGAGAGACUAUCCCUCCUCGACUGUCCCAACCUAAAAGGAUGGUGGGGAAGACGGCAAAUGAAUACUUGAACAUUGCCAGCGCGGAGUUGUUGGAACAAGUGAUGGCCGUUCUAGAUUGUCCAUCAAAAGCACCAGUGGAAUCCACCUUCAUCCCUCUCUCUAAAUUAAAGGGUCUACAUUUUGCUGGUGGUGAUUUGGAGCACUCAAUGCUCGAGACUUUACUUCCGGUGAAUACACCUGCAUUCUUCAGCGUCAGAGCCUAUGUGAGUUUCAUUAAGCCUGAUCAAGCGAUGUGGUAUCGUGCAUGCAAAACAUGUAAAAAGAAAGUGACAGAAGCUAUUGGAUCUGGCUAUUGGUGCGAAGGGUGUCAGAAAAAUGAUGAAGGAUGCAGUUUAAGAUUCAGACAACUUCCGAAACUAGUGACAUUACCGGAGGGGAUUCAACAUGUCACUACUUUGCAAUUUCUUCGGAUUGAAUGCUGUGAGAAUCUAAUGAGUUUGCCCGGGUGGAUUGGUAAUUUCUCUUCGCUCGAAUUGCUUGAAAUUAUUGGCUGCAAGAGUUUAAGGAGUUUUCCUGAAGGGAUUGUCUACGUCACCAACUACUGGGAGAAAGUUAGAGUCAUCGGAAAUGUCCAGCUAAUGGAGAACAUAUUUUAA